CGCUCUUUCUCUUUCACCCUCUAUUUGUAUCUCUGAGAAUUGUCUCCACGCGGCGUAUUGUAGCAAGUAUGGUUCACCCAAUUGCGGAGGCCAACGAAACGAGCCCCUUUGGUUCGCUCACGCCGGACGAGUUUUAUUCUCGCCACUCAGUGAGUCACGGAUCCGAGUUCAUCACAAAUCCCAGAGGCCUCAAGCUCUUCACCCAGUGGUGGACCCCACUCCCGCCGACAAAAAUCAUUGGCACCGUCUGCGUCGUGCACGGCUACACCGGCGAGUCGAGUUGGUUUGUUCAGCUCACCGCCGUCCACCUCACCAAAUCGGGAUUCGCCACCUGUGCUAUUGACCACCAGGGCCACGGAUUCUCCAACGGACUCGUUGCUCACAUCCCCGACAUCAAUCUCGUCGUCGAUGACUGUAUUUCUUUCUUCGACUCAUUUCGUGAUCGUCACGCCCCGUCGUUGCCGUCUUUUCUUUAUUCCGAGUCUCUCGGUGGCGCCAUUGCGCUGCUUAUCACACUUCGGCGGAGCUCAAGCCGGAGUUAUGAUGGUGUUGUGUUGAAUGGAGCCAUGUGCGGUGUUAGCGACAAGUUCAAGCCGCCGUGGCCGUUGGAGCACUUUCUUUCUAUUAUCGCGGCGGUGGUCCCCACCUGGCAAGUCGUUCCUACGCGCGGCCGGAUACCGGAGGUCUCGUUCAAGGUCGAGUGGAAGAGAAAACUUGCGACAGCUAGCCCACGGAGGAGUAUGGCCAGGCCACGCGCGGCGACGGCGCAUGAGUUGCUGAGGGUGUGCAGAGAGGUGCAGGGGAGGUUUCACGAAGUGGACGUGCCGUUGCUGAUUGUGCAUGGUGGCGACGACGUCAUUUGCGACCCUGUGUGCGCGGAAGAACUGUACCAACGAGCUGCAAGCAAGGAUAAGACAAUCAGGAUAUACCCCGGGAUGUGGCAUCAGUUGAUUGGUGAGCCUGAGGAGAAUGUGGAGUUAGUUUUUGGGGAGGUGGUGGAAUGGCUUAGGACACGAGCUGAACGCGCCACCACUGAUGGUGGGGGAGAGGCUGAGAAGGUCAGGACGGAUGGUGGCGCGUAGAUAGUGAGGAUUUAAUUAAUUGUUGUGUAAUAAAUUGGGUGAUUAAGUAUGUACAAGGGAGUGUGAAAUGGAUAAUUUGUGAACUGAUAUGGGAAUACAAAGAAAAAUUAUGAGUUUGAAUAGAAAUAAAAUCAUUGUGC